AUGAAGAUCGCAGCCAUCAUCGCAGCACUCGCAGUGCGAGCCGCUGCCGUCGGUGUCACCGGCGCAGCAGAGGGUUUCGCCAAAGGCGUCACUGGCGGUGGCUCUGCCACCCCCGUCUACCCCAGCACUACAGCCGAGCUGGUCUCGUACCUGGGUGACUCCUCACCCCGCGUGAUCAUCCUAUCCAAGACCUUCGAUUUCACCGGCACAGAGGGAACCACCACCGGCACCGGCUGCGCGCCUUGGGGUACAGCCUCAGCUUGCCAGGUCGCCAUCAACCAAAACAACUGGUGCGGGAACUACGAGCCAAACGCACCCUCCACCCCUGUCAGCUAUGACAAUGCCGGCGUCCUCGGCAUAACCGUCAAAUCCAACAAAUCCAUCGUCGGCUCCGGCUCAAAGGGUAUAAUCAAGGGCAAAGGACUUCGAAUCGUCAGCGGCGCGAACAACGUCAUUAUCCAGAACGUCGCUAUCACCGACAUCAACCCCAAAUACGUCUGGGGCGGCGACGCAAUCACCAUCAACAACGCCGACAUGGUCUGGAUCGACCACGUCACGACAGCACGCAUCUCGCGCCAACACAUCGUCCUCGGCACCGAGGCCUCCAAGCGCGUCACUAUUUCCAACAGCGUCAUUGACGGCACCAGCACAUACUCUGCUACCUGUAACGGCUACCACUACUGGGGUGUCUAUCUCGACGGAUCUAGUGACCUCGUUACCAUGAAGGGUAACUACAUUUUCCACACUAGUGGACGUGCGCCGAAGGUGCAGGGGAAUACGCUUUUGCAUGCCGUCAACAACUACUGGUACCAGAACGUCGGCCACGCGUUCGAGAUCGGCACGGGUGGAUAUGUCCUCGCUGAAGGCAAUGUGUUCCAGAACAUUGCUGCUGUUGUCGAGACGCCGAUUUCCGGACAGUUGUUUACGUCGCCGGAUACCAACACCAAUGCAGUUUGCAGCACUUACCUUGGGCGGGCGUGUCAGACUAACGGGUUUGGAUCGUCUGGAUCGUUUAGUCGGGCUGAUACCGGAUUCUUGGCUAAUUUCGCUGGGAAGAAUAUUGCCGCUGCGACAGCUUAUACUUCUGUUGUUGCGAGUGUCAAUGCUAAUGCUGGACAGGGUAAGCUGUGA